AUGACAAAAACAUGCUUAGAAAAAAAUAAUAUAAAAAAGCUAGACUGUUCACAAUUUAAUGACAAAAAACCUAUUGGUAAUGGAGGAUCCGCAACAGUAUAUUCCGCAACUUUCCAAGGAAAAAUAUAUGCAUUAAAAAGCCUUAAUAAUAAUCUUUGUAUGAAUGAAAAGACUUUCCGGAAAUUCAUUCGAGAGCUUGAAAUUCUUUCUAAGACUUGCCAUCGUAACAUUAUCAAACUUUAUGGAGUUUCAAUUGAUCCAGGAACAGAUAAUUUCAUGAUGGUAUUGCAAUAUGCUAAUGACGGAUCCCUACGGACUUAUUUACAAACAAAGCAAGAUAAUGGUCUUUAUAAAAUCUCAUGGAGCAAACUCAUUCAAAUUGCGAAUGAUAUGGUUAAUGGGCUGAAAUUUCUGCACGAUAAAAAAAUCAUUCAUCGGGAUUUGCAUUCUAAAAAUAUUCUGAUAAAUGAUGGUUGGGCCGUUAUUUCGGAUUUUGGAAUAUCUCAAGAAGAAAAGGUCAUUGCUAAUACACCUCAAAGUUAUGUUAAUCUCUACCAAAAAUAUUACGGAAUGACUACUCUCUCUGGAGUCACCGACAAAGUAAAGAUUAAUAUUUUAAAGUAUGUUCGUUUUCCAAAUAGCUUAUUAGUUUUCAAAGUCUGGCACCAAUUCUUUAAACGAAGUGAGAUUAGAGCCAAAUGGAUAAUUGAUCAUUUCGGCAAAGCUCAUGCAUUAUUUCACGCCAUUCGCCUCGGGCCGAAUUUUAUUAGUGUUUCUGUAGUCCAAAAAAUUAUUGAAUUGGGAGGGAUUAUAUCUAGAUACUUUGUUCAAAGGCUUUCGCAAAUCGAAUAUAAUGUGAGGAAUAUCGAGCAACCUCGAAGAGUAGAAAAACACAGUGCUGUGCCUUGGGGUAGCAAUACACCUCUUGAUGUAUUUUACUAA